UCAGUCGCUGUCAGUUUUUGAAUGGCAUUGGUUUAGUUUUUAGGUUAGAUAUUUGAAUAGUUUAAAAAUGAAAUUAAUAAAAAAAAUGAUUUUGGGAUUUUUCUACUUAAUUUUGUACUUUUAAGUAAAUGUGUCUAAAAAAGUAGACAUUAAAGUUUUAAUAAAAGAUCUCAUUGGAAAUAUAUAAUUUACAAUGCAAGCUUUAGGCCUUACCUGGAGAAGGAUUGCAAGCAAUUUACGAAGUCUUGGUGUUGCUACUGGUGCAAGAAAAGUAGUCAAUGUUGCCUUUAGUGACAAAUAUUUACUAUACACAAAUGUUACAAUUUCCGUAACUUUAUCAUCUUUAGGUGACAUUAUGGAACAAACUUAUGAAAUAUACACUAAGGAACAAGAUAAAUAUAAUGCUAAAAGAACCAUGCACAUGGCUUUUUCCGGUGCUGCGGUAGGUGUUUUAUGCCAUCACUGGUAUAAAAUUUUAGACAAAUUUAUAAUAGGUAAAACAUUUGACAUGGUAGCAAAGAAGUUAUUACUUGACCAAUUAAUAUUUUCACCAAUUAUGAUUGUGACAUUUUUCGGUAGUUUGGCGCUAUUUGAAAAAGACCCUGUGGGUAACUUUAAAGAAGAAGUCAGAGACAAGUUUGUUACAUUGUAUCACGCCGAGUGGUUAGUAUGGCCCCCAGCGCAGAUUAUCAACUUUUAUUUCUUACCAACUAAAUAUAGAGUUUUGUAUGAUAAUACAAUAUCUUUAGGAUAUGAUGUUUAUACUUCACAAGUUAAACAUAAAAAAACAAUAAAAAUUCCCCCACAGGAUUCAAAAUCGUCAUGACAGGGAUUAAUAAAUGAUGUUACAUUCAAUACAAUUUAUUUCACAUAGCACACCAAACCUAUUGUACAUAUCAAUUAUAAUAUAAAAUAUUAUUUAAACAGUUCUAUCAUCCAUAAAGCUUGGCUGUGAUUGUUGUAUUUGAGUAAAUACUAUUUUGUUAAACAUUGUUAUUAUAUGAUAAUUAUAAAUUAUUAUAUAAAACUG